AACUUGUCUCGUGGUCGACAGUGAGCUGAGUUGGUGAACAGUGUGGAUCAGAGUCGCUUUGGAGACUAGUGAGCUUUUCAUUCAGCUGUCCGGAGGAGAGCUGUGGAGCCAGGGAACAUAUGAUCUGAGAAGGUGUGUCGUGCCCUCCAGUCUGCUGCUUCCAGGAUGCAUUUCUCAGUCGGACUGAGUCUCUGCCUGCUAGGCUUCGCUCUUGUCUCUCUGUUUCCUCACCCAGCGCGGGGUCAAGUUUCAUCGCCACGGAGAUUUCGUGCCAAAAUCCAGAGUCCCACCAAGCUGCAUGUGUCGUGGAAAGAGCCUAAAGGACAGUUUGACAGCUACAAGCUCCUUUACACCACAGAGCCAGGUGGAGAGCAGAAGGACAUUGAGGUAUUGAAGCAGGAAGCAAAGCUGGUCAUUGAGGACUAUGACCCCUCCAAAGAAUACAACUUUAAGAUAAUUGCUGUGAGUGGAGGACAGCAGAGUAAACCUCUUCAGGCCAAACAUGAAGCUCAGCAAUCAGGCGUUGCGAUGGUUCAGUCUCAGAAAAGACACGACAGCGGGACCAGAGAGGAAAACAACGAGAUCUCAGAAGCUGAAGAGGAGUUUAUGUGUAAGACUCCAGCCAUAGCCGACAUUGUUAUUCUGGUGGACGGCUCCUGGAGUAUCGGCCGCAUCAACUUCAGGCUGGUCAGGACUUUCCUGGAAAACCUGGUCAAGGCCUUCUCGGUGGAGUUUGACAGGACCAGGAUCGGCCUGGCUCAGUACAGUGGAGACCCCAGGAUCGAGUGGCACCUUAACACUCACACCACCAAAGCUUCUGUGAUCGAUGCUGUGAAGAACCUGCCAUAUAAAGGAGGGAACACACUGACAGGCCUGGCUCUGACCUUCAUCCUGGAGAACAGCUUCAAACCCGAGUCUGGAUCCAGGCCCGGUGUUCCCAAGAUAGGAAUUCUCAUCACCGACGGGAAGUCCCAGGAUGAUGUGAUCCCCCCUGCACAGAGCCUGAGGGAGGCUGGGAUAGAGCUGUUUGCCAUUGGUGUGAAGAAUGCUGAUGAGAACGAGCUGAAGGCCAUCGCCUCUCCUCCUGAGGAAACUCACGUCUACAAUGUGGCGGACUUCAGCGUGAUGAGCGACAUCGUGGAGGGCCUCACCAAGACGGUGUGCGACCGAGUGGAUGUGCUGGACAAGACGCUCAAAGUGGGAAGAGAACCUGACCCCCAACCCACCUCUAUGGAGCCGCCCCGCGACCUGGUGACAUCAGAGAUCACUGCCCGCACCUUCCGGGUGAGAUGGACGCACGCGUCGGGCCAGGUGGAGAAAUACCGCGUGGUCUACUACCCAGCCAGCGGAGGACAGCCGGAAGAAAAAGUGGUGCAGGGAACAGAGAACAGUGUGGAGCUGAAUUACCUGAACUCUCUGACGGAGUACCAGGUGGCUGUUUUUGCCGUCUACCGCAGCUCGGCCAGCGAGGCCCUGAGAGGAAGUGCUACUACAUUGGCCCUGCCCAUGGUGAACGACCUGGAGCUGUUUGAUAUCACUCACAGCACCAUGAUGGUCCGCUGGAAGAUUGCCGCCGGGGCUUCUGAGUACAUGAUCCUCUACGCCCCGCUGACUGAGGGAGACCAUGCAGACGAGAAGGAGGUGAAGGUUGAGGUGAACGAGGUGGAGCUAGAAGAGCUGACCCCUGCCACAGAGUACACUGUGACGGUGUACGCCUUGUACGGAGAAGAGGCCAGCGACCCCAUGACCAGCCAGCAGACAACAUUACCGUUGACCCCGGCAAGGAACCUGCAUUUCUCAGAUGUAGACCACCGCUCCGCGCGCCUCACAUGGGACUCCGCCUCCAGGAAGGCCAAUGGUUACCGCGUCAUGUACGUCAAGACCACCGGAGCCCAGACCACUGAGGUGGAUGUUGGCCGUGUGACAACCUGGUUGCUAGGAAACCUGACCUCCCUGACGGAGUACACUGUUGGUGUCUUUGCCAUCUACGACGAGGGACAAGCUGAGGCUGUGACUGACAGCUUCACCACAAAGACCGUCCCGGACCCCCUAGACCUGAAGAGCACUGACAUCUCCACGGACAGCUUCAGGGUGUUUUGGAAACACCCGGCCUCUGAUGUCAUGCUGUACCGAAUCACCUGGACAUCCACAGAUGGAGGAGACAGUGAUGAGGUUCUGAUCGACGGAAAAAUGAACACCUACCUGAUAAAAGGACUCACCCCCCUCACAGACUACGAAGUCCUGCUUACUGCGAUCUAUAAGAACGAGGUGGAGAGUGACGAGGUGGUCCUCGUAGAGUCCACCGUUGAAAUAUUGACCACCAUUGCCACGACGACCACCACCACAGCAACUCCUCGUUACGGCGUGCGGAACAUGAGGAUCGAUGAGGAAACCACGUACAGUAUGCGGGUGGCCUGGCAGCCUGUGGACUCGAGGAAUGUUCGACAUUAUCGGCUGAGCUACAUCAGUGCCAAGGGAGACCGGGCAGAGGAGAUGAGGACGGUGCCCACAGGUCAGACCAGCCUGGUUUUGCAGCCUCUGCUGUCAGACACAGAGUACAAAAUCGCCAUCACUCCUGUAUACCCUGAAGGAGAGGGACCAGCAGCGGCGCGGAUGGGACGAACACUUCCCCUCUCGGCUCCUAAGAACCUGCGUGUGUCGGAGGAAUGGUACAACCGCUUCAGGAUCAGCUGGGAUGUCCCCCCUUCCCCCACCAUGGGCUACAGGAUCGUCUACCAGCCCAUAUCUGCUCCGGGCCCCGCUCUGGAGACGUUCGUGGGGGAGGACGUGAACACCAUACUGAUCGUCAACCUGCUGAGUGGGACGGAGUACAGCGUGAAGGUCAUCGCCUCCUUCACCACAGGAUCCAGUGAGGCCCUUUCAGGGCGGGCCAAGACCUUGCAUCUGGGGGUGACCAACCUGAGUGCGUACCAGGUGAGGAUGAACAGUUUCUGUGGCCAGUGGCAGGCUCACCGACACGCCAGCUCCUACAGAGUGGUCAUGGAGUCUCUGCUCAAUGGUCAGAAGCAGGAGGCGAAGCUGAGCGGAGGAGCCAACAGACACUGUUUGAACAACCUGAAGGCCAACACGCAGUAUAAGAUGAGUGUGUACGCUCAGAUGCAGGAUGGCACUGAAGGGCCCGCAGUCACCAUCACUGAGAGAACAUUACCCAUCCCAACCCCAGCACCAACCACGCCCCCCAGCACCACACCGUUACCCACAAUCCCCCCUGCCAAGGAAGUAUGUAAGGCAGCCAAAGCAGACCUGGUGUUCCUGGUCGACGGCUCCUGGAGUAUCGGGGAUGAAAACUUCCUGAAGAUCAUCCGCUUCCUGUACAGCACCGCCGGAGCUCUGGACCGGAUCGGCCCCGAUGGAACUCAGGUGGCCAUCGCUCAGUUCAGUGACGACGCCAGGACAGAGUUCAAACUGAACUCGUACGGCGACAAGGAGCGACUGCUAGACGCCAUCAACAAGAUCUCCUACAAGGGAGGAAACACCAAGACAGGGCGCGCCAUCCAACAUGUGAAGGAGAACAUCUUCACGACAGAAGGGGGAGUCAGGAGGGGGAUCCCCAACGUCCUGGUGGUCCUCACCGACGGUCGAUCUCAGGAUGACGUCAACAAGGUUUCAAAGGAGAUGCAGAUGGAAGGCUACAUUGUGUUUGCGAUUGGCUUUGCUGACGCUGACUACGGGGAGCUGGUGAGCAUCGCCAGUAAACCCAUCGACAGACACGUGUUCUUCGUGGACGACCUGGACGCCUUCUCCAAGAUCGAGGAGAAGCUGGUGACCUUUGUGUGUGAGGCCGCCACUGCCACGUGUCCAUCAGUACCGAUGAGUGGCAGCAUAACACCAGGUUUCCGUAUGAUGGAGCUCUUUGGGCUGGUGGAGAAUAGGUACAGCAGUGUCCCUGGCGUUUCCAUGGUACCUGGCACCUUCAACACCUUCCCCAGUUUCCACCUGCACAGUGACGCCUUCCUGGCACAGCCCACCAGGUUCAUCCACCCUGAAGGGCUGCCCUCAGACUACACCAUCACCCUGCUGUUCAGGCUGCUGCCCAACACUCCAGAGGAGCCCUUCGCCCUCUGGGAGAUCCUCAACAAGAACAACGAGCCGCUGGUGGGAGUCAUCAUGGACAAUGGAGGAAAGACUCUGACAUUCUUCAACAACGACUACAAAGGAGAGUUCCAGACGGUCACCUUCGAAGGGCCAGAAAUAAAGAAACUCUUCUAUGGCAGCUUCCAUAAGCUUCACAUUGCCGUCGGCAAGACGAGCGCCAAAGUGGUGAUCGACUGCAGCAUGGUGGCUGAGAAGAACAUCAACGCGGCGGGGAACAUCACCAUCGACGGGCUGGAGGUUCUGGGCAGGAUGGUUCGCUCCCGAGGGAACAAAGACAACUCUGCACCGUUCCAGCUGCAGCUCUUCGACAUCGUCUGCAGCACCUCCUGGGCCGGCAGAGACAAGUGCUGCGAACUUCCUGGUCUGAGAAAGGAGGUGGACUGCCCCGCCAUGCCCAAAGCCUGCACCUGCACCCAGGACAGCAAAGGCCCCCCCGGCCCUACUGGACCCCCAGGAGGCCCUGGAACCAGAGGAGCCCGAGGUGACCGCGGAGAGCCAGGCCCCGUGGGACCAGGUGGUUCAGUCGGGGACACAGGUUUACCAGGACCUCAGGGGUCCCAAGGACCACAGGGACCGAGUGGACGCUCCAUCAUGGGGGGCCCAGGCGCUCCAGGAGAGGGAGGACAGAAAGGUGAAGCUGGACCACAAGGAACACAGGGAGUUUCUGGCAGACCUGGAGCUCCAGGCCGAGAAGGACCUGCAGGAGUCAGAGGCCUGCUAGGCAAAGACGGCUCCCAGGGCAGACAGGGCCCCUCAGGAACUACUGGGACGCCAGGAGGCCCGGGGUCCCAGGGUAACCCCGGCUCUCCAGGGAAAAUGGGAGAACUGGGCCCCCCGGGUCUUCUGGGAGGCAAGGGGGAGAAAGGUGAACGGGGAGACCUCCAGUCCACAGCUUCAGUUCAGGCCAUCGCCAGGACGGUCUGUGAGCAGCUCAUUGAGAGCCACAUGGCUCGCUACAACUCCAUCCUGAACCAGGCGCCCAGUCCACCAGUGUCCAUCCGCACGGCGCCAGGACCCCCCGGAGAGCCUGGCCGACAGGGGACCCCAGGGACUCAGGGAGAGCAGGGGCCCUCAGGAAGACCCGGCUUCCCAGGGCAGAACGGACAGAACGGGCAGCCAGGAGAGAGAGGUCAACAAGGAGAAAAGGCGGAGAAAGGGUCUCCAGGCGUUGGAGUCCAAGGCCCCAGAGGACCCCCAGGCCCCCCCGGAACCCCGGGGCAGGGCAGAACUGGCAGCCAGGGCACCUCAGGCAGACCUGGAAAUCCUGGAACUGCUGGGCGGCCCGGGGUCCCAGGGCCUGUCGGCUCCGCUGGGCCCCCGGGGUACUGCGACCAGAACUCCUGCGUGGGCUAUAACGUUGGAGUCCAACUGCCGCCCAACGUCUUCCAGAACUACGGCGAGGCGGAGGAGGACGACCCGUACCGGUACUACGAGCCCAGCUACCCGGCCCCUAGGCCUGUUGCCCCCAACGACCCCUCCCUCGCCCUGGAGGACAUGGAUCUGAGAUCCCCCGGAGUCCACCGCAGCUCCCGGAGCGUGGAGGGGGGGAGGGAGAGAGGGGGGCCCAAGAGGAAACAAAAAAGAGCAGCGAAGACGCCGCCUGGACUAAGUCAAUGAGAGGAGCUGAUUGGAGGAUGGAGGGCCGCUCCUUGUUUGUGAUUGGGCGGUGUGGAGAAGUUAAGGACUAAUCAACAAGUGCCUGAUGUAGAGGAUUUCUUACGAACAUUAUAAAGGGGGCAGGGCGGUGGUCAGUUUGGGACUCUUUUCACUAAUCUAUGCUAUUGAAUUAUCUCCAAAACAGGUUUACGUUGUUUGAAUUGGUUUGUGUUAUUUUUGUGUCACAGUUUCAGCCUAACUGGGAUAUAUACUUUAACGGUUUCUCUGAUCAAAGUCAAGUCUCUCAAACAUUUUGUCCUUUAAUUUUUGGGUUAUUUGUUAUGUACCUGGUUGGUUAAGUGCCUCAUAAUAGUCCUGCGAGCAUUGAUGGCUGCUGUUCACAGUAUGGAUGGUUUACAGUGCGUUGAGUUAAAAGAGAAGAGGCUUUAUUUGUGCAAACAUUUACAAAUAUGUAAUUUGUUACCUUGAAAAAAUACAGAUUGCUCUAUGUUUUAACUGUUUUUGGAAACAUGUGGGACAUUGUGAGUACAUACUCAACAAAAAAUCUAACAUAGGACUAGACAAGUCCCAUACCGACAUGCUAACAGCUAAUGUUAGCUCCAUCUGUUGCUUCACAUUAAAGAUCUCUGACAACUCAACCACCUACACAAGAUUUACAGCAAAUCAGAAAAGAGUCUACACUCUUAUUUUAAUAUGUUUCGGUUUCCUCCAUGUGUUUGUUUCAAGGUUCCUAAUAGUAGAACCCAGGUGAUUUUAAUCUUUACAAAAAAAACAACAAAGAAGCAGUUAUUUAUGUUCAUGUUUUUGUUCUCCAUUUAUCAUGUGAUGUAUCAUAUUUUUAGUCUGAUAGAGCCUUAGACACAUUUUACAUUUUAAGAUCAUUAUUUUGUUUUGUUUCAGUCAUAUUCAGUUAGUGUUACGCUCAGACUGAUGUUGCUCUGUAUUUGAGAAGUUGUAAAAAUGAGACAAAAACAGAGAUAUUAUAUUUCUGAGUAAAUGUUUUUCAGUUUAGCUGUCAGGUUUGUGACAGAAGCUGUUUGUCAUGGUGUUGUCCAUGGAAAGAAAAAUUAAACAAAGGAGUGAUAUGUUUUUGUAUUUCUAAGA